UCAUUGAUUGUUAGAAAAAAAUAAUAUUUAAUUAAUAAGAAGAACGAUAACAAUAGGUGGAUAAUAAAUUAAAAAAAUUAUAUUGAUAAUAAAUGGAUUUUAGAGGAUGAUAGAAGAGGUAGUGUUGGCUGAAACGAUUGAUAAUCAUUUCAGUCGAAUUGUGUUUGAAGCUCACUGUAAAUUUCGGACUAUUUGACACUUGAAUUUGUUUAUUUAGAUGUUUAUUAUAUUUUAAUAAUAAAAAUUAAAUAAACAUUAUAAUAAUUAAAUUAUUAUUAAUAAUAUUAACAAGCAUUUUGUUGAAGGUUUUUGAGGUAAAAAGAGGAAAAAAUAAGAUAAAUCAAAAUGAUGGGUAUAAUGUAUGAAAAACGGCCAUUAAAAAGGCCAAGACUUGGACCACCAGAUGUUUAUCCACAAGAGCCAAAACAAAAAGAAGAUGAAUUAACAUCAAUAAAUGUUAAACAUGGUUUUGCAACAAUGCCACAAUUAUCUGAUGAAUUUGGUACAGCAAGACAUUGUAAUGUAACAGCAGCAAAAGUUGGAGCAUAUUUUAAUGCAAUAUUAUCAAAAAAAGAAGAAUUAGCAACAAUGCCUGAUACUGGACGUAAAAAACAACAAAUAAGUCCAAAAGAUAAUUUUUGGCCAGUAACUGCUAGAUCUAAAAAUCAAAUUGAAGCAUGGUUUAAAGAUUUAUCUGGUUGUAAACCACUUGUAACACUUGCUAAACGUGCACCAAAUUUUAAUAAAAAAGAUGAAAUAUUUAUGAUGCUAUGUGAAUAUCAAGUACCAAUGUUACGUGCUGCAUGGUUUAUUAAAUUAAGUUCAGCAUAUACUGUUGCUGUAUCAGAAGCUAAAAUUAAAAAACGUCAGCUACCAGAUCCAACAACUGAAUGGACUGGUACAUUAAUAAAAUUUUUAAAAGAUCAAUUGACAAAAAUACAAGAAUUUUAUCAUUCUAGUAAUCAAUUAUUAAAUAAUAAUAGUAAUAAUACAUCAACAAUAUUAAAUGGUACAUGUAAUAAUUCAUCUGGUAAUUUAACACCAAAUAAUAAUACAUCAUCAUCAUCAUCGUCAUCAACAACAGCAAUAGUAACAAAUAAUAAUAGUAAUACAACAAUGCAACCAUUAACACCAAAUCCAUCUGUACAACAAACAGUAUCAUCAAUGAAUGAUGAACAUAAAUUAGCAUUAAAACAAUGGCAUUAUUGUAUACAAUUAUCAAAAUAUAUGUUUGAAGAAGGUUUACUUGAUCGUCAAGAAUUAUUACAAUGGAUAUUAGAAUUAUUAGAUAAAAUGAGAUCAGCACCAGCUGAAGAUGGUAUAUUAAAACUUUUAUUACCAUUAACAUUACAAUAUCUUGAAGAAUUUGUACAAUCAGAAGUAUUAGCAAGAAGAUUAGCAUAUGCAUGUUGUAAAAAAUUAUCACAUAUGUUAAAUAAUAUUGAUACAAAUAUAUCACCACAAAGUCCAUCAUUAAAUCAUCAUCAACAACAACAACAACAACAACAACAUUUAAAAGCUGCUGAUAAUAAUAAUAAUACAAAUAAAGAACAAUCAUUAAAUCAACAAUUAACAUUAAUAUUUAAUGAUUAUUUAAAUUGUCCACAUCAUCGUGAUUUAAUAUAUUCAUUAUCAACAAUAAUACAAGUUAUAACACUUGAAUGUCCAUCAGCAUUAGUAUGGAAUUGUGUUGGUGAAGGUAAAGCACCAUCUGUAUUAAAUGGUUCACCACUUGAUCAUUUACCAUGUCCACCAGCAAGUUUACCAUGUCCACCAUCAACAGCAGCAAAUCCAACAAUGAAUCAAUUAAAAAUUGCACAAGAAAAUAUACGUUUACGUUCACAAGCUGCUGAAGGACGUUGGUCAUGUGAUAAAUGGCAACAAUCAAGUGCUGGUAUGACAACAACAAAAGUAUUAGCAGCACUUGAUGCAUUAGAUCGUCAUCAUUUUAAUCGUAUGGAUUCAACAAAUUCACUUGAUACAUUAUAUUCAAAAAUAUUUACAUUAACAACAACAACAAAAGAUUUAACAACAACAACAAUAUCAACAACAUCAUCAUCAUCAUCAACAAUAGCAACAUCAUCAUCAUCAUUAUUAUUAUCAACCCUAUCAUCAUCAAUAUCAUCGUCAUCGUCGUCAUCAGUAUCAACAGUAACAGCAACAACAAUAACAACACCUACAGUAGCAACAGCUGUAACUGCUUCAUCAUCAUCUUCAACAAUAACAGCAACAACAUUAACAAAUGAACGUGAUACAAAUAAAAAUGAAUAUACACCACAGCAAGAUUCAGCAAUUAUUAAUAUAUUAUGUGAAUGGGCAGUUAGUGCUGAAAGAUGGGGUGAACAUCGUGCAAUGGCUGUUGCAAAAUUAUUAGAAAAACGACAAUGUGAAGUUACUGGUGAAACAAAUGAUAAUGAUGAUAAAGAUAGUAUAUGUAGUAAUGGUAAUCCAGCAUCAUUACCAAUAUUUCAACAAUUAUUAAUGAAAUUUCUUGAUAAUGAUGCACCAAUAUUAGAUAAUACAAAUCAUCAAAGUAAAAUACAAUUUACAAAUUUAGUACAUUUAUUUUCUGAAUUAAUACGUCAUGAUGUAUUUUCACAUGAUGCAUAUAUGUGUACAUUAAUAUCACGUGGUGAUUUAAUACAAGGACAAGGUAUUAGUAAACCAAAUACACCAAUAAUUGAUGAUGAUAAUAAUAUAUUUAGUGGUAUUGAUUUAAAACCAACAAAAAUUGAUAUUAAUGAUGUUAAUAGAGGAGCAUCAUCAUCAACAACAACAAAUACAACAACAGCAAUAGCAUCAUCAUCAUCAUCAGUAUCAGCAACAGUUGUAACUGGUACAGGUUCAACAACAGCAAUGGAUUAUGAUGAUAGUAAAAUUGAUGAUGAUUUAGAUAAAAUAUUACAACAUAUUAAAGAAGAUCAACAAAAUAGUAUGGAUGCACCAGAUAGUCCAAAAGAUGAUGCACUUGUUGGUCAUGGUAAUAAUGAUGGUACAAUUGAUACAAAUAAAAUAACAACAUCAUCAGUAUCAGCUGGUGGUGCUGGUGCUGGAGUAACAUCAUCAUCAUCAUCAUUAUUAAAUACAAAUACAAUAACUGGUAUUACAAAUAGUGGUAAUAGUAAUGGUACAAUAAAUCCAACACGUCAUUUAUUAUAUACAACACAUUUUCCAUUACCACAAGAUGAAACAAGUAGUCAACAUGAUUGUAAUCAACGUCAUGUAUUAUUAUAUGGUGUUGGACGUGUACGUGAUGAUGCACGUCAUGUUGUUAAAAAAAUGACAAAAGAAAUAUGUAAAUUAUUUGGUAAAAAAUUUAGUAUUGAUGUUGCUGAAGGUGGUAAAGUUAAAAAACAUUCACGUAAUGAAUUUAAUUUUGAAUCAAUAACACAAAAAUUUCAAAAUUUAAGUUUUUUUGAUCAACAUGUUGUAACAUGGCAAUGUUCAACACAAGUUAUUGAAAUGUUAAAUUCAUUUUCAUUAUCUGGUUCAUCAUAUUUACCAGUACAAGAACAUGUUGCAUUUUUAUUUGAUUUAAUGGAACUUGCAUUUAAUAUUUAUGGUUUAAUUGAUAUAUGUAUACAAAUAUUAAAAGAGCUACCAGAAGUUGAACAACAAUUAUCAAUACGUAAUAGUCAAUUAAUACGUUGUUAUACAACAAAUUUAAGUUUAUAUAUUGUUGGUGUAUUACGUAGAUAUCAUUGUUGUUUAUUAUUAUCACCAGAACAAACAACAUCUGUAUUUGAUAUAUUAUGUAAAGUUGUAAAACAUGUAUCAAAUCCAAGUGAUUGUAGUUCAUCUGAACGUUGUAUACUUGCACAUUUAUAUGAUUUAUAUUCAUCAUGUUCAUUAUUAAAAACAAAAUCACAUGGUGUUGAAGCAUUUAGUAAUGCAUAUCCAAAAAUACGUACAGCAUUAUAUAAUACAUUACAACCAACACCAUCAAAUCAUUUAUAUAAUUCACAAUUUAUGAAUGAUGUAUUUAAUUUAACACGUCGUGGUGGUAAAAUUGAAUUACAAUGGGCAAGAUUAUUAAAUGAAACACCAGCAAAUCGUUAUUCAUUUGUAACAAAUGCCAUUGUUGCUGUAUGUCAUGAAAAUGAUAAUGAUAAAUUAAAUGAUAUUGCAAUAACAUGUGCUGAAUUAACAGCAUGUUGUAAUGCAUUAAGUGCUGAAUGGUUAGGUGUAUUAAUUGCAUUAUGUUGUUCAUCAUCAACAACAACACCAUUUUAUAUUGAUGUUAUUAAUCAAAUUGAUAUACAAGAUUUAAGUAUACAUAAUUCACUUGCUGUAUUUACAUCAAUAUUAAUAGCACGUCAUUGUUUUUCACUUGAAGAUUUUGUUGUACAUAUUGCAUUACCAUCAUUAGUUGAAGCAUGUAAUGAAGGUAGAGGUGAUGCUGAUACUGAUGCUGAAUCAAGAGGUAGAUUAACAUGUCAUUUAUUAUUAAGAUUAUUUAAAGCAAUUGAAUGUCCACAACCAUCAAUGUAUUCAGUUAGUACAAGUCCACAUCCAUUACCAAAUAAUGGUAAUUCACGUGGUUAUAAUAUUAAAUUAAGUUGUGAUCGUCAUCUUCUUGCUGCAGCACAUAAUAAUAUACGUGUUGGACCAGUACUUGCUGUAUUAAAAGCAACACUUGUUGUUGGUGAUGCAACUGUUGGUAAACAAUUGUCUAAAAAAUUAGAUAAUAAUUUAUCAAUAUCACAUUCAAUAAAUAAAAGUGGUAAUAUUGGUAGUGGUGUUGGUUGUACUGGUAGUAGUACUAGUGGUGGUGGUGCAGGUGGUAAUACUCCUACUACUACUAGUGCAACUACUACUUCUACUUCUACUGCUAUUACUGGUGGUGGUGGUGGUGGUGGUAGUGGUCCAGCAAGUGUUGGUAAUAUUAACAAUACUAAUAUUAUUAUUGGUAAUAAUAAUAAUACAAAUAAUUCAAUUGGUAAUAAUAUUACUGGUGAAUUAUCAAUAAGUCAUAUACUUGGUACAAGUGAUAUACUUGGUGGUGGUGAUGAUAUUGGUAUUGAUAUUGGUAUGUCAUCAUCAAAUUCAAGUAUUGGAUUAUCAACAGAUAAUGUUAAAGGUUUAUCUGAUUUUGCACAACAUGUAUUACGUCAAAUAUGUUCACAAGAAUGGGUAUUAGAACGUUGUUUACAAAAUCCAGAAGAAUUAUGUCAUUGUGAUAUGUUACUUGAUAAUAUGUUAACACCAAGACAAGCACAAAGAUUAUUACAUAUGAUAUGUUAUCCAGAAUUACCAACAGAUUCAACACACGAUCAACGUAAACAUAUUACAAAUAUAUUAGAAAAUUUAGAACAAUGGAGUUUACGUAUGUCAUGGCUUGAUUUACAAUUAAUGUAUAAACAAUUAUCAUCUGGUUCAAAUGAUUUAUCACAAUGGCUUGAUACUGUUGCUAAAGCAGCAAUUGAUGUAUUUCAAUUAAAUACAUUAAAUAUAAAUAAAUGUUGUGAUAAUAAUAAUAAUAGUAAUAAUAAUAAUAAUAGCAAUAAUAGUAAUAAUAAUAAAAAAAAUGAUUCAAUAUGGCUUGUUGCACCACUUGUAUCAAAGUUACCAUCAGCAGUACAAGGUAGAGUAUUAAAAGUUGCUGGACAAGUAUUAGAAUCUGGUAAUUGGUCAAAAACAAAUGGACGUGAUAGAGGUAGAUUAAAAUCACCAUCAUUAUUUAAUCAUCAACCAUUUUUAUCACUUGUAUUAACAUGUUUAAAAGGACAAGAUGAUCAAAGAGAAGGUUUAUUAACAUCAUUACAUUCACAAUUAUCACAAUUUUUAAAUACAACUAAAGAAGAAAAAAAUAAUUGUACAGAUGAUCCAAAAACACGUGAAAUAUUACAAGAUGCAUUACAACUUAGAUUUAGUUUAGUUGGUGGUGUAUUUGAUACAAUACAAAGAAAUACAACAGUUACAACUGAUUGGGCAAUAUUAUUUGUACAAUUAGUUAGUUAUGGUGUUAUUGAUUUAUUUAAUAAUAAUGAAUUAUUUACAACUGUUAUUGAUAUGUUAUCAACAUUAAUACAUUCAACAUUAGUAUCUGAUUCAUUAUCAGAAAAAGAUGAAAAUAAAAAACAUUAUCAAAAUUUAAUGAAAAAAUUAAAAAAAGAAUUAGGUGAUAAAAAUUCAUUAAGUAUAUCAUAUAUACGUCAAUUAUUACCAUUACAAAAACUAACAAUGGAAGUUAUAACAUGUGAACCAGUUGGUUGUUUAACUGAUACAAAAGGUAAUAAAAUUGCUGGUUUUGAUAGUAUUGAUAAAAAACAAGGCCUACAAGUAUGUGAUUCACAACGUGUAUCAGCAUGGGAAUUACUUGAAGGACAUAAAAAUCCAGCACCAUUAUCAUGGGCAUGGUUUCGUGCUGUUAAAAUUGAACGUAAACCAUUAACAUAUCAAUCAGCUCAUAAAUUAUUACGUUAUCAUACACAUAGUCAAAUACGUCAAUCAAAUUAUUAUCUUGAUCCACCACCAUUACCACCAGAAGAUCUUGAACCAGAUAAAAAAGAUUCUGAUAUUAUUAAUAAAUUAACAGAUACACCAAUGAAUAUUGAUUCACCAAAUAGAAUUGGUGCAGGUGGUGGUGUUGGUGGUAUUAGUGGUAUUGGUGGUAUUGGUGGUAUUAAUGCUAUUGGUGCUGGUAAAGGUAAAGCUAUGAAAGCACCAAGAAGACAUCGUAGAAAUAAAGUUGCAACACCAACAGCACCAAUGCCACAACAGCAGCAACAUCAACAACAACAAGUACAGCAACAACAACAACAGCAAGUACAACAACAACAACAACAAGUACAACAGCAACAACAUCAUCAGCAACAAAUGCAACAAUCAAUACAACCACCGUCAAUGCAACAAAUGCCAUAUGGUAAUCCACAACAACAACAACAACAACAGUUAUCACAACAAGCUGGUAUGUUUCCAGGACAAGCAAUGCCUCAACAAGCUCAACAACAACAGCAGCAACAACAACAACAGCAACAGCAACAACAACAGUGGUAUGCAAAUCAACAAGGACCAACACCACAACAACAACAAUAUGCUGCUGCUUAUGGACAACAAUUACCACCAAAUCCAGUUGGUCCACGAUAUGAACGUCCAUCAUCACAACAUCAAACAAAACAUGCAUUAUCAAAUAUGUUAAGAUCACGUCAACCAUCAGCAAGUCAAUUUAUGGGUGGACAACAAUUAAAUCCACAAGUUGCUGGUCCUGGUGCAUUUCCAGUUAUGGGAGGUAGACAAUUUAUACGUCAACAAUUACGUGCACAACAUGGUGGACCAGUUAUUAAUCCAGCACAACAAGCAAUGUUUACACCUCAACAACAACAGCAACAACAACAGCAACAGCAGCAACAACAACAACAACAAAAUUUAUAUGCUGGUAUGCAAGGAGGAAUGAAUCAAAAUUAUACUGGCUAUGGUGGACAACAAAUGUUAACACCACAACAACAACAAGCACAAGCUGCACAACAACAAAAUCAAGCACAAGUACAACAGCAACAGGCUCAACAACAGGCUCAGCAGCAGCAACAACAACAAGCCCAGCAGCAACAAGCCCAACAACAGCAACAACAACAACAACAAGCUCAACAGCAAGCCCAACAACAACAAUUAUUACAACAACAGGCACAACAAGCAGCUGCAGCAGCCGCGGCGGCAGCAGCAGCACAACAACAACAACAACAAGGAAUGUUGUCACAGCAACAGCAACAACAACAGCAACAACAACAAAAUAUGUUCCAAAAUCCAGCACAAAUGAUGGCUGGACGUGGUGGACAAGAUUACAUGACACAACAAAGAAUGUUACAAAAUGCGGGACCAAGACCACCAUAUGGUUUACAAGCACCAAAUGUUACAAUGAAUACAAUGGGUGCAAUGAGUGGAGGUGGUGGUGGUGUUGGUGGUGGUGUACAAAAUCAACCAGCUCCACCAUAUAGACAAACUGGUGGUAAACCAACAGCUGUUGGUGUAAAUGCUGGUGGCGUUGGUGGUGGUGCUGGUGUUGGUGGUGUUACUCUACAACCAAAUUCACAAUUUUCACAACAAACAUUGACUCAACAAAGAUUACGUCAACAAAUGAUUCUACAACAACAAGCCCAACAACAACAAGCACAACAGCAGCAGCAGCAACAACAACAACAACUUCGACAACAGACACAUGAAAAUACUGGACAACAGACAAAUCCACAAUUGGUUGCACAUCUACAGAGACAUAUUCCACAACCACCUCAGCAUCCGUAUCAGCAUCAACCACCACCGUAUUAAAAAAGUAAAAGAAAAACUACUUUUUUAUUUUCGUACUCUUUCUAACACGAAUAUAAUAUAACAAUCAAUUUUAACGUUUCAAUUUCAGAUACUCCAGUGUAAAAAAAAAAAACAAGUUAAAAAGUAUUUAAUUAUACUAUUUAUAAAUUAUUUUUAGGUGUAAAUUUAUUCGCAAUUUAUUAAUCAAUUAGUUAGGUAAUUAUGUUUGUAAAGGCAAUCGUACCUAUUUAAAUCUCAUCUCGGGGAGAAAUUGACUAUAAAAAAAAAUAUCAAAUAAGAAUUAAAAUGGUAAAAAAAUAAUCACGAAAAUUAAUCAAGUUUAGAAUUAUUAAAAUAAAUAAUUUAAAUAUUGUAGAUUUUUAAUAAUAAUAUAUAACGAAAAUAAUUUUUAGCUUAAAUUAAACAAAAAUAUCUAUAGCUAGUUAUGAAUUUUAUGAAAUUAACUAAUAAAUUAUCUGGAAAUUAAUUUGUAACAAUGAAUUUAAUUAAUUUAUUAACUGAAAAAAAAUAAAUCAAUUAAUUUUCAUAAUUUAAAUGAAUUCAAUGACGAGCCUUU